ACCAAUAAAUCUCUCGGGCCUCUCUCGGAACGUGGCAAAAUUACUGUAAAAUACAGGUUGCGCUUCCUGGCCAGUGGGGCCUACUCCCUCAAAUGCAUAUUUCAUAUUACAGGAGCCGAACUAGUGUUCGGGAAAGAGAUGGCAGUGUAUUUGGUGGACAGACUCCAAUCACUUGACUACAUCCCGAGGGGCUAUCAGCACACAUUUCUCAUUCGAAGCCCAGCCAAAUCUGUGCCUUCUUUAUAUAACUGUCUCACGGAUGAACGGAAUGCAACUAAAGAAUUCGACACACUGGAAGCAAGCUAUAAACCUUUGCAUCAACUUUUUCACCUUAUUCUAGAGGAAAGUGGCAGUGUGCCAGUACUCAUUGAUGCAGAUGAUCUGUUACAAAAUCCAGAUGCCAUCAUCCGACAAUACUGCAGAAGAACAGGAUUAACCUUUCACAAAGAGAUGCUAGAGUGGGACUCCGGUGCUGUGCCAGAUAAAACACAUUGGCAUCGGUGGCCAGGGUGGUAUGACACCCUUCUGAAGAGCUCAGGGUUUAAGAAACAAGAAGAAAUAGGCCACACCAUGGUUAAGGAACUGCCACAGGACAUACAAAAAUGUAUCGAAACCAAUAUGCCUUAUUAUGAACAUCUACUUAAAUUCCGACUUAUGCCAGAGGUGAAUGAUGUUUAA